CUCUCUCUCUCUCUCUCUGAGGCGCCCCUCCUACCCUUUCCAUUGUGCUGUGUCUUUUCAGUUUAGCUGUGCUUCCUGCGAGACCUUCAUCUCCUUUGUAGUGAGAUUUACUUGAGACUAUCCGAAUCUCGAGCUGCAAUGGAACUGUACGGAAAGAUGGCCUCUGCCCAAGAUGCCAGGUUCGGCCAGAAAGACUCCUCUGACCAGAACUUUGACUACAUGUUCAAAUUGCUAAUCAUCGGCAAUAGCAGCGUGGGAAAAACAUCUUUUCUGUUCCGUUAUGCAGAUGACUCUUUUACAUCUGCAUUUGUCAGCACAGUUGGGAUCGAUUUCAAAGUAAAAACUGUAUUCAAAAAUGAAAAGAGAAUCAAGCUUCAGAUUUGGGACACAGCAGGCCAGGAAAGAUACAGGACUAUCACCACAGCCUAUUAUCGAGGGGCCAUGGGCUUCAUUUUAAUGUAUGACAUCACAAAUGAAGAAUCCUUCAAUGCUGUACAAGACUGGUCAACUCAGAUUAAGACAUACUCUUGGGAUAAUGCCCAGGUUAUCCUGGUUGGGAACAAAUGUGAUAUGGAAGAUGAACGGGUCAUCUCAACUGAGAGAGGCCAGCAUUUAGGAGAACAGCUUGGGUUUGAGUUUUUUGAAACCAGUGCCAAGGAUAACAUUAAUGUCAAGCAAACCUUUGAGCGUCUUGUGGAUAUCAUCUGUGAUAAAAUGUCUGAGAGCUUGGAGACCGACCCAGCCAUCACUGCUGCAAAGCAGAGCACAAGACUCAAGGAAACGCUUCCUCCACCACAGCCCAACUGUGGCUGCUAAUGUCUCCCCACAUAAGAGCUCCAAGGGGCUCCAGUGGCCAAGAAACAGCAUUUAUAAAUGGUUUAUUAGCCUUCACUUAUACUGCCUAAUAAUUAUUUGAAGGAAAUCUUUGAUGUCAAUGGCCUAUAUAUGCAUUCAAACCUUGAGCGACUUAUUGUGUUAAUAUGUGGCAAACAUGUGAUCUUAAAUUUGUAAAGACUAUCAAUCUAUAAACACCUGGUACUUGCAUGUGACUUAUUUAUUUGUCUUUGAGACUUUUUUCUUUUAAAUAUUUCUACUCAGUUAAGCUACUGCUGAAACCUCAGACCAUAAUUUCACUGCAAAUAAUUUUUGUGCCAUGGAUUCAAAUUAUGCUAUUCACUUGUAUGGACGAUGACCAAGGAAUUCCUUGUGUGUGUGUGUGUUGUGAGUAGGGGGAGAUGCCAGAAUUUAUUUGCUUUACCAUAGCUGAAAAUGAAGUAGAACUUUGGCUCUUGAUAGAGACCAGGUCUGGGACGUUUAUUAUUAGGAAAUAUACCUAUUUUGCACUUUUAUUAAUAACUGAAGAGUGUAUUGACUAUAAAGAAAUUAAAGGACUCGGUGGCGGUGCCUGGAAUUCAGAAGGCUAAGGUCUAAGGGGAUCAUGGGUUCAAGGCUAGUCUGGACUACAAAGCAAAAAAACUCUUGUCUUGAAAAAAAGGAAAAAGAGUUAAAAUACUGUUUUAAAGACCCUUGCAACUUUCCUAGGUCAAUAAUAUUAACCUGAUUCGAGCUAGAUUUAAACAAUAAUCUAAGCUUAUGUGUUUAAAUAAGUGGGGAAAUAAGUAAUUCCCUGCGCCGGGAACUACUUUUCCACUGAGUCUACCCAACUUUGAAUCUUUGUGAGCACUGACCCAUGAGGAGGUAUCUACUGAAUUUCAGUCGAGCAGCAGUUAUUGCAUCCAGGAAUUGUGUGAGUAGUUGUAGAACUCCAUGGCUGGAGCGGCUGCCAUUCCCUUCAUGACCUGUGUCCAUAACACACACUGCAAAAUAUUAUAGUCCCUCUCUGAAACCAUCAUCAGUUAUGGGACUAGAGACUAGGUUGAAGCUUGUUAGGGCUCCUUACCCUGUAAAAGGUAGACUUGCUUCCCCAACCACUGCUUUCUGCUCCAACUUCAGCUAAGUUCUACCUAUUACAAGCUGUUUGGACAGUCUUUCAGUGGGUUCCAUACUGAGGAAAAGACCACUUUCAACUCAACAUUUUUCAGGAUAUUUAAACUUCUUAAGCACAUCCUAAAUAUGUAAGUCUCUAAACACACUUAAGUUACACAGAGAACACUUUUUAGAACUGAGAGUUACAGAAACACCCAGGAGCCCAACAGCAGUUUGAGCAAGGGAGAAAACCAUUCAAACAUCCUGGGUUUUAUUCUAGGUUUCUUGAAGACUUAUAGAGAUAACACACAACAAAUCUUACCUGCUGUGCUGAAUGUCAGGAGAAAUUUGGACCUCUACCACCAUCCAGCAGCAUUUGCAGCUGGGAUCUACAGAAGGCAUCAAGCAGCCCUUGAUGCCUUUUGAAGGAUAGUUUCCUAAGGUGAACUUUCUCCAUUUUUGUGGUUGUAUGAAGGAUUCACCCUUCCCUUCAAAAAUAAAGAAAUUUCUCAUGAAGGUAUUCAGUGCAAGCGUGUCGGGCAAAGAUAU